AUGAGUUUACCCUUUACGCAACCUGGCGUGGACCUUACGUCGAAGAAACCCUUUGUUCUGCGCGCAGACGGGUGGUUUCAUACUUCUGACGUCCGUGCUGUGGCUGCACUUCCUGGAUGCGAUGAUUUUAUUCUUAGUGCAUCCCGCGAUGCCACCGCCGCCCUCCUUCAGGUUCCCCCCGUGACCAAGGAUGACCUUGUCGCUUACCGCACUUUUAUAGGCCACACGGAAUUUGUCAACUUUAUUUUUUUUCACCCUGGACUCAAGCUUAUAGGGGGAUAUUCUUGCAUUGUGAGUGGCUCCAAUGAUCACCACGUCGUCGUCUGGGAUUCCGAGACGGCUGGAGUAAGGGCCGUGCUAGACGGGCACGCGCAAGGCGUCUGCCACGGCACCUUCGUCGGUGCUACAAACGCUGCCAACGGCGGGGUUGAUCCCUCACAUGGGGACAUCGUUACGGGAGACUGGGCAGGGGUCUGUCAUGUUUUUGAUCACACAAGCGGGAGAAUCAAGCUUUCCUACACUAAACACGCAACGGCAAUUCGCGGGCUAGCGCAUCUCCCUACUACGCGUCUGGUCGUAUCUGCUUCGGGAGAUAAGACAAUUCAUGCCUGGGAUGUGCAUACAGGAUUAACAAGGCGGGUGUUUAGAGGGCAUGCCGAUGUGGUGCAGUGUGUGUGUGCUAUUAAUGCAUCCCUUUUCGCUUCUGGCAGCAACGAUUGCACCGUGCGACUUUGGAAGAUUGAUCAGGAUGCGGCUCUCUGCGUGCUACAGGGCCACGAUUCUAUCAUCUACUCCCUUAUAUACAGCACGCUAACGGAUGAGAUGUAUUCUGCCUCUGAGGAUCACACAGUGAGGGUGUGGAGUGUCACCGCCGCGGUUAGAGGCAAAGAUUCUUCAGAUCGAAUCUCAAAGUCAUCUAGAUAUUCUCCGGUGGAGGUCAUUUACCAUCCAUGCGUCGUAUGGGGACUGGCUGCUCUCCAGACAACAGGUGAUAUAGUCACAGGUGGUUCUGAUGGCUGUGUACGGAUAUGGACCCGCAACGAUGCGCUUAUUGCAAACCCAGAGAAGAUCGAGCUGCUGAAUGCCGCCAUAUCUGCGCAGACUGUUGACAUUAAGCUUACCGAGCUAGACACUGGGGCUGCUGGAGGAAGCAAUGCACUUGAUAACGUCAAAGUAGUGCCUAUAGAUACCAUCUACAACCGGCGUGGUAGCUAUGAGGGGGAAAAGCUAUUUGUCAAGGAUGAGGAUGGUCAAGUAGUGGUGUACAUGUGGGGAAAGAAGAACUGGGAUAAGGUGGGAACCGUCGUUGCAGGCCCCGAUCAAUCCGCUUACACCGGUGAGCCCGUUGCAAGGGAGAGAAAGAUUCAUCAAGGAAAGUCGUAUGAUUAUCUGUUUGAUGUAGAAGUUGAGGGGCGCAUGCUAAAGUUGGGUUAUAACGUCGGGGAUAAUAUUCUUGAAACUGCUCAGCGUUUCAUCAAUGAACAUUCUGGGAUUGUCUCACAGGAUAGCCGUGAGGAGAUUCAAAAUUUCUUGCUAGCCAACAUCAGCCCAGGGGACCUGCGACAGACUUUGGACAUUGGAAAGGGGGGUUCUGCCCCCAGUACGACAGGGGCUUUGCCCCGAGUGGACCCUACUAGAUCCUGUGAGGAGAAUGAUCCCGAAGCCAGGUCUGAAGCCUUGAACGUGUCGGUGACACCGUAUACAUGCCCUGAGGUAUUUAGUAAGUUUAAUGCGCGGGGCGCCCAACACAAGAUAAAUGAGUACCUCCAUGGGACUGCAUCAUCCCGUCUAACGUCGUCGCCUGAAUCCUUUUUCCAUCUUAUGGAUAACAUCCAGGAGUUACAUACCUUGUCGAAUGAUGGGAUUCGCUUGUUUUGCAAAGGGUUAUGUGAACUAGGCCAGGUCCUUCCUGAAGGGUGUCGUUUCCCGUUGUUAGAUGCCAAUCGCUUUCUCCUUUAUCAGCUGAUGACGCACUCGGGUUCGGUAACGUCAAUAUCCACCGCUGUGGGUACCCUCUUUGAUACGUUUGAGGCGCUUCUGAUGAGCUCCAAUGCCAUCCUGACGGACGAGAAGGCGGUCAUGAACGAUGCCGAGACGUUGGUGUCGCUGAGGCUCCUGUGCAAUGCCCUUGCGCUGCUAAUAAAGGUCCCAUGUGACAUCUCCCAUGCACAUAAAGCCUCAAUGGUAAUUACGACCAAGUCUUUGUCAAUGCUCGCGCUCCAGAAGCUGAGCAAUGCCAACAUCAAAUCAGCACUGGUAAGCCUUAUGGUGAACACAUCCCUCUACUUGCCUGCUAUAACCGCUCAGCAGUCAUCGAUAACGGAGGAUGCAGCCAAUGUGGAUAGCUGUGCGGACUCUUACACCACAGCACAGUUGGCAGUUUUGUUUGUCUCAGUAGCAGCUAAGUUUUUGGUGUGCGAGCCAGUCGGAUCAGCUCACACUUUACAUGUGUUACGGGCUCUAUACACCUUAUUUCAUCUUGAUGGAUCAAAUCAGAGGAAGCAUCAGCAACAUAAAGCAGAACAUCGAAGUGUUUGGCCGAUGUGGCUUGACGAUGCACGUAAAAUGGGAAAAACUACGCUACAGUACACAUUGCAUUCUAUUGAAACUGGCUCGAAUCUUGAGGCGAGACCGAUUGCAAAAAAAAUUAUGACGAUUUUAAGCCAUUAA